UUAACAUGACAAUAACCAAGCUAACUAUCAUGCUUUUCUUAUUCAAUGUUGCACCAACCUAUGCAGAGUUACCGCAGGACAUAUUCAUCCUAGCGGGCCAAAGCAACAUGGCUGGCCGUGGUGGAGUCACGAACGGCAGAUGGGACGGGUUCGUACCACCUGAGUGCCAGCCCAGCCACAAUAUCCUUCGUCUUGAUGAGCAACAGAGUUGGGUGCCAGCUCAUGAACCACUUCAUGUGGACAUCGACCUAAAUAAGACUUGCGGUAUUGGCCCUGGCAUGGCGUUCGCCAAUGCCGUUGAAUCGCUUGGUGGAUCAGCAAAAUUUGGUGUCUUGGGCUUGGUCCCCUGUGCUGUAGGUGGGACAAAGAUCAUUCAAUGGGAAAGAGGAACGAACUUUUACAAUCAAUUGGUGACACGGGCUAAAGCGGCCAUGAUAGGCGGUGGCAGAACCCGAGCCGUGUUGUGGUAUCAAGGGGAGGCUGAUACGGUCAAGCUUGAGGAUGCUAAAGCUUAUGGAGGGAGGAUGGAGAAUUUUAUCUCUGAUUUGCGUUCUGAUCUUGGAGACCUAUCUCUCUUAAUAAUUCAGGUAGCAUUAGCGUCAGGAGAAGGUACAUAUGUGAAGGCAGUGAGAGAAGCUCAACUUGGUAUCAAAUUGCCAAAUGUUAAAACUGUGGAUGCAAAGGGACUUCGGUUAAAAACAGAUCAUUUGCACCUUACAACUAUGUCACAAGUUCAUCUUGGGCUCAUGUUGGCUCGUUCUUUUUUAGAUAUUUCCCAUAAGCCUUAUGAUUCUCUUAGAAUAAAUGUAGCUAAUAAUUCGUUAAUGUAAGUAAUAUAAGAGCAUCUCCAAUGGAUUUUUAAAAAGACUUGCUUGCAAACUUAAAAAGUAUUAAAUUAGUAGCUUGACCAUUGAAACAAUAAUACAAUCCUGCUUUGUUGAGCAACACCGCUCACUUGAGCAA